CUCAGCCUCCCAGCCAGCCUGGCUCAAGAUCACACAGCGUGUUGGGUUUCUUUCACAGACCUCUUCUUUGUUAAAUAACCACAUGAGAGUGUGGCUGUUGAUUGAAUGAGGCAGGAUUCCAGGGACUUGGAUGAGAUAGUGGAAACCUCUCACUCUCUCACACCUCCCUUGUACCGAUACUCUCUUUGAUUAACAGUCCAACCUACAGCUAUCUGCUAAAUAGCCCAUCAUGUCUUACUUGCAGCAGCAGCUCAAGAGCUUCAACGCCAGCGUGAUUGACUCGGCCGCCCGCCUUCCGCAACAACGACGGAUCAUCAAUAGCAAUGUGGCGGGUUCGACCAUCUCUGGGAGCAGCUCCCAAGUACCGUCAUCCUCAUCGACACCGACGCCUGGCGGAGAUCCAUGGCAACGGCGGCACAAUGCGGAGAUUGUGUAUUCACAGCCGGCGGAUACGGGCACGGGCAAGGACAUCAUGACGCAGGUGCUCUUUGCGGUCGAGCACAUGAAGGGCAAGGCGACGCCGCUGAAAUUCUCCGAAAUCCUCUCAUACCUCUCGCUGCGCGAUAAGGCACACGACCAGGCGUACGUACAGGCGCUGCGGAAGAUCCUCCAGGCCCACGAGAAGGUGCGGUACGACCCCAGCGGCGCCAAUGGGGAGGGGACCUUCCGGUUCCGACCGCCCUACGAUAUCUAUGAUUCAGAGCAACUUCUCAAGCAUCUGCAGUCGCAGUCGACAGCGGCGGGGAUGAACGUGCGCGACCUGCGCGAAGGGUGGGCCGGGGUGGAGGAAACGAUCAACGAGCUGGAGAAGGAGGGGAAGCUGCUGGUGACGCGGAACAAGAAGGACGACCACGCGAAGAUGGUGUGGGCGAACGACCCGUCGCUGCAGCAGCGGUUUGACGACGAGUUCAAGCAGAUCUGGGAGAAGAUCAAGAUCCCGGACUCGCAGACCGUCAAGGAGGAACUCGAGAAAGCCGGUAUCACGCCGACCAACAAGAACAAGGUCGUCAAGGCCCGCCCAAAGGUCGAGCACAAGAAGGUCAAGAAGCCGCGCCGCAGCGGCAAGACUACUAACACGCAUAUGAUGGGUGUGCUGCGGGACUACUCUCAUCUCAAGCGGUAGUUGCCCGUAUACUUGGUUACUCCAUUGAAAAAGAUAUUCCCCGGUGUUGUACGAUAGAUUAUACCCAGCAAUGAUGAUAGAAUGACAGUCGAUUGAUAAUUCCUUGAGAAUAAGACACAGUUG